GUCAGAAGUCAGAUCGAUGAUAAUGCAUAGGGGGUUGUAGGAACUACUAAAUACUACUACUCAUGAUGUAGUCUGAUGAGAAUAAUAAGGUUUGGUCGUUUCUCUGAUAAUUCAUCAUAAUUGGAACGAAGUAAUAAGCAAUACUACUCAUAAGAUGGGAUAGUAGUUUUUGAAUCAAGGGAUUGAAAUCAAGACUGUUGGGAACCGGGAAGACAUACAAGGUGGGGCCUCAGGGAAACGUUUUGGUAAAAGUAAUCAAAGAAAAAUUUAUUUCACUACUUCAGUCUUCCACACUAGUGAGAGAGAGAGGGAGAGAGAGACUAUAUUAUAAAAUGGGUGAUAGGAUGUGGGGGUUUUGCUUCUCUUGAGGAUAGGUAAAGAUUGGAAGGGGAGAGGAAAAGGAAGAAGAGAAGAAGGUAAUUAAGGAAAACAUUUGAGAGAAAUAUGGAAGAACAUCUGAACCCCUUAGCUGUAACUCAUCUGCUUCAACACACCCUGAGAAGCUUGUGCAUUCAUGAAAACUCUCAGUGGAUUUAUGCAGUCUUCUGGAGGAUCCUUCCUAGAAACUACCCACCACCCAAAUGGGAAGGUCAUGGAACUUAUGAUAGGUCAAGAGGAAACAGAAGGAACUGGAUAUUGGUUUGGGAAGAUGGAUUCUGCAACUUUGGUGCCUCCUCAGCAGCUCAUGAGAUCAACUCCAGUUCUGAUCAGUGCCCUGCAGGACCUUCAUCAAUGUAUGGCAACUCAUGUGAUCAAUUUCAACAAUACAAUGGCCUGCAACCUGAGCUUUUCUUCAAGAUGUCCCAUGAGAUCUACAACUAUGGAGAAGGGUUGAUAGGGAAAGUGGCGGUAGAUCAUAGUCAUAAGUGGAUACACAAAGAACCAAAUGAUCAAGAAAUCAACUUCUUAUCAACAUGGCACAACUCAGCAGACACGCACCCUAGAACAUGGGAAGCCCAGUUCCAGUCUGGCAUAAAGACCAUAGCCCUGAUAGCAGUUAGAGAAGGUGUUAUUCAGUUAGGAGCUGUUCACAAGGUGAUUGAAGACUUGAGCUAUGUAGUUCUACUAAGAAAGAAGUUCGGCUACAUCGAAAGCAUCCCCGGAGUGCUUCUCCCACACCCAUCAUCUCCACCCUUCCCCUUCAAGCCUGAUCCUCAUCAUCAUCAUGGCUAUACAUAUGGUCUUACCCCAGAUCACCAUCAUCAUGCAUGGCAUCUUCAAGCAGGGAUAAACCCUCUUGCACCACCUCCAACUCAUGACUUCAUGUAUGAUCAUCACCAAUAUCUCAACCCUAAUCAAGUGGUUCCAUUGAAAAACAUAACCCCCUCCAUGAGCAGCCUUGAAGCCCUCCUCUCGAAGCUUCCGUCGGUCGUGCCGACGAAUCACGAUCAUAAUCCUCAGCCGCAUGAUCAAUCCCAGUUUUUAUUAUCUCAUGGUCAUGGACAUGUGGAUUUUAUGGCAAUGACAGACCAGAAAGUGGCCAAGGAGGAGACUAGUGACAAUGAUGAUCAUGAUCGUAACGAAGAAUAUAGGCCGUCCGAUGAUCAAAACAACGUCGGUGAAACCAACACUUCUAUGUCUGCUUAUGCCCAUCAACAUUAUUUCUAACAUUGUAUAAUUAGCGAGCUCUCUUAUUUAUAAUCCUAUAUUAGUACCCAUAAUGUGAAGGGUGUUCUUGCUCUUAUAAAUAAUGCACUUUUUUAAUUACUUCGUUUGUGGACGAGUCAAGGGCUUGCAGAAAAUAGGACAACUGCAAACGGCAAGAGGAUGCAUAUUUAUGAUGAAAACAAAAUUGGACAGUAUAGCUGAGAUAACUGUUUUGACUUAUCUAUUCUAUUAAGAGGAGCCCUUGU